AUGUCUACCUUCUACAUCGAGAACAAAAACGUCGGCAACCAGGCCGACUCAGAAGAUUGGCGAAUUCGCGGCUACAAUCCUCUAACACCGCCCGACCUGCUACAACAUGAGAUUCCACAGACAGCCGAGUCUAAAAAGGCAGUCAUUGACGGCCGCAAUGAGGCUGUAGCCAUCGUCAAUGGCAAGGACCCCAAGCACCGAUUGCUCAUUGUCGUGGGCCCCUGUUCGAUCCAUGACCCUGAAGCUGCUCUCGCCUACUGCGAUCUGCUGCUCAAGGCCAAAGAGAAGCAUAAAGACGAGCUGCUCAUCGUGAUGCGCUCGUACCUUGAGAAGCCUCGCACCACGGUCGGUUGGAAGGGUCUCAUCAACGACCCAGAUAUUGAUGGCAGCUUCAAAAUCAACAAGGGACUGCGAUUGUCGCGCCAGCUCUUUGUCGAUCUGACUAGCAAGGGCAUGCCUAUUGCAAGCGAGAUGCUGGAUACCAUCUCUCCUCAGUUCCUCGCUGAUUUGCUCAGUGUUGGUGCCAUUGGUGCGCGCACAACGGAGAGCCAGCUGCACCGUGAAUUGGCAAGUGGUCUGAGUUUCCCUGUAGGCUUUAAGAACGGAACCGAUGGCUCUCUUGGUGUCGCCAUCGAUGCCAUGGGCGCUGUCAAGCACCCCCACCACUUCCUUUCCGUCACCAAGCCCGGUGUUGUCGCCAUUGUUGGUACAACGGGUAACGAUGACUGCUUCGUCAUUCUGCGAGGUGGCACCAAGGGCACCAACUACGAUGCCGAGAGUAUCGCCGACGCCAAAGCCGCUCUGGACAAGAAGGGAGCGCCUCCCAGGUUGAUGGUCGACUGCAGCCACGGCAACUCUCUAAAGAACCACAAGAACCAGCCCAAGGUUGCGAGCGUAGUGGCUGAGCAGGUGGCCAAGGGCGAGACUGCCAUCAUGGGGCUUAUGAUUGAGAGCAACAUUGAUGAAGGCAACCAAAAGGUCCCGGAGGAGGGCAAAUCCGGGCUCAAGUACGGCGUCAGUAUUACAGAUGCAUGCAUCAACUGGGCGGAUACCGAGGAGGUACUUGACAAUCUGGCUGACCAUCACCGCAUUCCACGUCAAGAGGCUGCGCACCACCAGAGCAAGGUUGACACUGUGCGACAUUCUCGCAGCCAGCAAAAGCCCCUGCUUCAGCCAGCUUUAACACAGUACGGAAGAUCAAAGCCUCCCACGCUCUUUAUUUCUAUCCUCGCCUCAAAACACCAAUCGAUCGCCGAUUCUCGCAAGGGCAUCGCGCAAUUCCUUCUCUUUGCUUUCAAGGCAUUUGAGUACCUUUAUCAAUCGUUUUUCUCUUAUCCCUCUGCCGUCGCUUUUGAUAGCAUCUUUCCGAUAAGCUUCGCCUCGUACGCGACUUGCAUCUUCACCAACACAGCGACGCGCGAAUUGACGACGACCAUGGCGCCCUACUCGCCGCCGGACUCGCCGUUAUCAUCAGCGAUGGAGUCUUCGUACGAAGAAGACAUCCACGAUGAAGAGACGAUGCUGCGGCCGUCCAAACGCCAAAAGGUCGAGGCUGGCUCGACGACUUCCUCUGCCGUCAUCCCCGACCCCGAACACGAGCCUGUCCUAGAAGCCGAUGCGCUCGAGGGCAUGUCAGAUAUAUCGUCGGACACGUCAGGCGAUAUCCCCAGCUCUCCCGUCAACGCCAGGCUCGAAGAGGAGGAUUUCCAGGAUCAGGUGACGGUUUGCGACUGGGACGGCUGUCCCGCAGGAGAUCAGGGCAACAUGGACAAGCUGGUCGAGCACAUCCACAACUCACACAUUGAGAACCGUCAGAAGAAAUACACGUGCGAGUGGCGCAGCUGCAAUCGCAAGGGGUUGCCUCAUGCCAGUGGCUACGCCUUGAAGGCUCACAUGCGAAGCCAUACGAGAGAGAAGCCGUUCUACUGCUAUCUACCAGAGUGCGACCGUUCCUUUACUAGAUCCGAUGCGCUUGCUAAACACAUGCGAACCGUCCACGAAACCGAGGCUCUUCGACCAUCUGAUCCGGUACCGAAAUCUAUGCAAUCCGGGCCAACGGGUCGGACUGGAAAGCUCAAAAUCAUCAUCAAAACGCCCCAAUCACAAUCUGCGGGACAAGACGACGGAGACGAUGCCAACGGCGAUGUUCCCCCAUCGGAAUGCUUCACAGUACUCCCGUCCGAUCUGUUCACCGAAGCAGAGCUCGAUUUACCCCUUGACAAGCUAUGGCGCAAGUGCCACUGGGAAGCAAAGUGGGCCGAGGAGGUGGGAGAUGCGCUGAAGAGCGAGUGCAAGCAGUGGGAGGAGCUUUACUACAAGGAGUGGCUGGACAAGGAAGUCCUGUUGUCACACGUUAUCAAGACCGAGGUGGAGUGGAGCGAGCGGCGCCAAGCUAUCAUCUCUGGCGCUGCCGAUGUGCAGCUUCCCAGCAGCGCAGAAGAAAAGGAAAAGGAUGAGGGCGUUACAAAUGGAGUGGCUAAAGAAGCUCCCGUUGCGGCUACCAGCGAGGCAUAG